CCGUCCCCCACGGGCCAACACACCACCACCUCCCCCUCCUUUUGGAAAUGGAGCGGGAUCUGACGGCGGGGCAGGGACGAGGCGGGACGACGGGAUGGUCGCGGGGUGCGGGUUCGGACGGGAUACGAGGGAUCUGCGCGGACGGUUGGUGAGCUGGCUGGCGAUCCGCCGCCACGCCCUUCGCGUUUUUCUCUCUCUUCCCCACAGCGACCGUCGCUGCACACGCGAGUAG